GGAGCGCUGGCGAGCAUUUUUUACACGCGAUUUUGUGGUUAUGAGUUCAUUGUUUUGGGUGCGGUGAAAAUUUCGAUAAAAAGGACGAAGAAGUCACGCCAAAAUGAGGAUAACCAGCCAAAUGCUGAAGAAAGUGCAUGAACUUUCUAUCAAGUACUCGAAUUUUCCGGAAUCCUAUGUGAAGAGAGCAAUGGAACAAGUGGCUUGGCGCACUCCCAACGAGCCCAACUAUCAGCAGAAAGUGAUCGAGAGGAAGAGGUUCAGGUUCACCAUGAAUCGGCCGUGGACUGCCCAAUUUCGGCAACAGAACUUGCCGCGCUCUAUGCGGAAGAAAGUGUUCGUGGAGCCCAUCGCCGAAUGGUCGUUCUUCCGCGGGGAUCGCGUGGAAGUGCUCGUGGGGAGAGACAAGGGCAAGCAGGGCAUCGUGAAGCAGCUUAUUCCUGAGAGGAACUGGGUUGUGGUUGAAGGAUUGAACUGCCACUUCCGGAAGGUCGGCGCUGAGGGAGAUUAUCCAGGAAUCUAUAUAAAGUCCGAGGCACCGCUGUUGGUGACAAAUCAAGUGAAAUUGGUGGAUCCCUCGGAUCUCCAAGGGACAGACAUCGAGUGGCGGUACACUGAGGAGGGCGAUAGAGUGCGCGUGUCCACGAGAACAGGAAGAAUUCUGCCGAUUCCCAAAGAACAGGAAGAGACCAACGAUUACAAGACAAAGCGAACGUAUGUUGAGAAGGAUAAGGACACUGCAUCGAGCGUGGUGGAGGAAAUUACGUUCAAGCCUGCUUUGUGCACAUUCGAGAUGGACAUCAUGCGCGAAAUGGGCAUCCAGGAGGACAGGAUCCCCAAGAAGAGCUACUGGUACUGAACAGACUCACUUGAAUAUAGUAAAUCCAUUUAAUUGUU